AUGAUCAAGAUAAACACAACAACCUGGAGCUGCAGCGCUCAUACGUAUAACUCUUCGGAUGUCUCCCGCGCCAUUGCCUUGGGAUACGCUCUGCUCCAUGACCUUAGCUAUGUCGGCUACUAUCCCCACCAGUUCAUGAACCUCGAGGCCUUCGACUUUGUCACAGAGCCUCCCUAUUUCGAGUAUCCCAUCAUGCCAGGUGACAUAUACACCUCUGGUCCUCCAGGGCCCGACCGCGUGAUUUUCGAUGACGACGGCGUGGUCGAGGGCUUGAUCACCCACAAUGGUGCGAGCAAAGAUGGAUUUGUGGCUUGCAAAGAAAAGACGAUGUCAGCGUAACAAUGUCAACAUUGUUAGCUGAACCCCUGCCA